AACCAAGAACUGGAGAUCUACCUCCGCAUCUUCUGCCAGAACCAACUGCACAGCUGGCCAAAAUACCUUACAACCGCUGAAUUCUGCCACAACCAGCGACCACACUCCACAAAUAACCAAUCACCUGUAACAACGAAGAGUUUGUUACUCUGGCGCACAACUAGAACACACUAUAGAGGGGAUGAUGAUGAUGAUGAUGAGGGAGUGGUUACCCCAUAG